CUUCUUCCCUUCCUCGCCCACUCUGCCCAACCUGAUCGUGACCAUGGAUCGCCUGGUUUGACGGAAUGCCCUAGACGGCCUUCCAUCUUAUGUAUCUUUGUCCGCAUUGUAUCUUGCCCUUCUGCGCUUGAUCGCAGACCCCGGUGGCGGCUGGUUCCCACCUCUCUUCCUCAAGUUGUCGUUGACUCCUGCUUGCCCUUCUCCGCCCAUAUGGUGAUUGCUCGACGAUCGCCAUGUCAUCGGACAUCCAGGUCUUCGUGAAAUGGAAAGACCAGACCAUAUUCGCGGGAGAGGACGUGGAAUGUACAAUCACCUUCAAGAACGUCGCAGAUGGUACCGGCGAAUCGAAGAAUGGCGGGCAACACUCCCACCAGAGGAAACAGUCCCGAGCUGCCAAUGUCACUCCUCAUUCGGAUUCCUUCUUUUCGCUGAAAUCUCCCCAUAGCCUCUUUUUCAAUAAUAACCGCCGCUCGUUUCCGACGAGAAACCCGCAUCAUCGCAGCAUUUCUUCGCUGAGUUCCCCAUUAAUCGGCUCCCACAGCUUCCCGCCCCCCUCCACCCCCCGAAGUACCUCGUCUUACGGCCAUAAACACAAACGCUCCGUUUCGAUUCUUUCGAUAGACAGCGAAGGUGGCGGUGAAAAAACCCCAAGGACCUCCUCCCAAUUCAACCGCCCCCGGCCGACACGCGGCCAUGGACGCUCUGCAAGCUUACAAGUUGUACCGAGGCGCUAUGAAGGCUACGAGGAUUCUCCCCAGAAAGCCGCGCGCAUUCCCUCCCGUGGUUUUCCGUCUCCUGUCACCCCGUCCUCCCAUGGCCCGAGAGUCGACAUUGACCGGCUGAACCGGACCAGUCGUUCUGGCUCCGAAGUGGCUAGCCCUACAAGACCCAUCGAAUCGCCGCGCACCCCAGUCCGAAGACCUCAGUUGCCGCCGAUGGACUUCAAGUUCCCUCCACCUUCUGACGCGAACCACUUGCGACCUGACGCAUCACCCGCAGUGACUCCAAACGAUGAGAACCCCAAUCUGGCGGUGACGGCAAGAACAAACGGAAAGGAUGCAUCGAGCCUGGCCGCACCAGGACAGUUACCUCAAUUGACUAAGAUCAUGUCGACGUCGAGCUUGAGCGGAAGCCACAAGAGCAGCGGCGAGUUUUACUCUGCUGGGAAUAACUCGUCGGAGACUCUUCAGUCUGAAUACACCAAUUACUCCCUUCCUGCCCCUGGACCGGGCGGUCCUCGUCACUCGCGACAUAUGUCCAGCUUCGAACCCGUAGGCCUUUCGCCGAAUAGCCAGACGCUGCUUAUGGGGUACGCGCAGAUCAGUGCGUCAUUCACCGUGGAUGGCUCGUUGGUACAGCAAUCCGCCUUCGAUGAUGUGAAGCGGAAAGGUGUGGUUGGAGGACAGGGAGGCACUGGGACUCCCAGGUCCAGGCCCGGUUCGAGCGGCGACAAAGGCCGAAAGACCGGAGGCUUUUGGGGCGCCUUCAAAUGGAACGCGAUUGAAGAAUCCAUAAGUGGACUGCUCUCCAACAAUGAACUUGAUGGCCUCAGGGACAUGCGGGGAGUUACCUCGUCGAAGUCGAUCCCGUUAUUGUCAACAUCCCAAUCGCUUCUUUUUGUGGAUCUCCGAUUGGCACCCGGGGAAGAGCAAUCUUACUCCUUCGCUUUUACCUUGCCCCCUGGUCUCCCGGCGAGCCAUAAGGGCAAAGCCAUCAAAAUCUCAUAUAACCUGGUCAUCGGCACUCAGCGCCCGAGCAGGCCGAACGAACCUCAGCGAGUCAAUCGGAUUACUAUUCCAUUCCGAGUGUUCAACGGUGUCAAUGCCCAAGGAGAAAUUCUCGGCCAUGACCUAAUGAGCCCUUAUGUGCUUCUGCGAGACGAAGCCAGGGUGCAGAAAGUCGGGAAUAGUCCACCGCCGGUUGCAAAGCCGAAAAGUAUUAGUGGCGCAACUUGGAAGUCAGCCCCUGACUUUUUGAACUACGUCGACGAAAUCCUGGAGCAAAGCGCUCGCAGUAAUCUCUUGCAACCCCCUGAUAAUUCAUCGGAUAAGCGUUCGAUUCAUGAGGUAUCGACCGGGCCAAUUUCUUGUAAGGAUGCUAUCGACUUGGCUAUUUUGCGGAGUAACCAGGCAUUCAGCUCCUCGCGCAGCCCGAAUAGAUUCGAGAUUGCGCGCAAUGGACGCCGAAUUGCCGUCGUGGUCCUCAACCGUCCCGCCCACCGACUGGGCGAAACCAUCAUGGCCACCGUGAAUCUGGCGGAUGCUUCACUUCCAUGCUAUGCCAUCCGGGCGACUUUGGAGUCUUCCGAGAGGGUAGCGGCUCCGUUGGCCGUACGGUCGGGGGCCAGCAUUCGGCGGGCUACUCGACGCGUGCACGCCUCUUUCUUCGAAAAUACUUUGUACUCGACGCGUGUGGUCUUCAGUCCUGCCGUCCCAAUCACUGCCACGCCCACGAUCCUUACCAGCGGAGUCAACUAUGAUUGGGAGUUACGGUUUGAAUUCGUGACGACCAGUGUACAUAAUGACGGGGAAUCGGGUCCCUCAGGCGAGAGACUCCUCGAAGCCGUGCACGAGGAUGAUCGCGGACGAAUCAUGACGGCGUUGGAGAGCUUAGGAUGCGAGUCUUUUGAGAUCUCGAUUCCCAUCACCAUCUAUGGCGAGACGGUGCGCGAGAGGGUGCCCGAAGAGAACGAAGGAUACUCUAUAUAAUCUCGAGAUGAAUCUUUUGGAUUUGCAUCAGCGGCGUGACUGGCUGUUUUAUGCUGUAUGUGUAUGAUUUGUUGUCCAUGUCUUUUUCUUAUGUCUCAAUAUUAUUACUCUUGGA